GCAGAUAUGGCUGUGCACCGCGACUCUGCACCGGCCGCUCCCGCCUCAGAUAAAGUACAGAAAAACAAGCCUGCACGGACACAAGGCCUCAGACAGGGCAGCCGAAUGGAGAAACUUUUAGGGUUUGAAUGGACAGAUCUAUCCAGCUGGCAGAGUGUCGUGACCCUGCUUAACAGACCAACGGACCCCGCAAACCUGGCUGUUUUUCGUUUUCUCUUUGCAUUCUUGAUGCUACUGGACAUUCCCCAGGAACGGGGCCUUAGCUCCCUGGACCGGAAGUACUUGGAUGGGCUGGAUGUGUGCCGAUUCCCCUUGCUGGAUGCCUUGCGCCCACUGCCACUUGACUGGAUGUAUCUUGUCUACACCAUCAUGUUUCUGGGGGCACUGGGCAUGAUGCUGGGCCUGUGCUACCGGCUAAGCUGUGUGUUAUUCCUGCUACCAUACUGGUACGUGUUUCUCCUGGACAAGACAUCGUGGAACAACCACUCCUAUCUGUAUGGUUUGUUGGCCUUUCAGUUGACAUUCAUGGAUGCAAACCGCUACUGGUCUGUGGAUGGCCUGCUGAAUGCCCGGAAGAAGAAUGCCCACGUGCCCCUUUGGAAUUACACAGUCCUGCGAGGCCAGAUCUUCAUUGUGUAUUUCAUUGCGGGUGUGAAAAAGCUGGACGCAGACUGGGUUGAGGGCUACUCCAUGGAGCACUUGUCCCGGCACUGGCUCUUUAAUCCCUUCAAGCUGGUGUUGUCCGAGGAGCUGACAAGCCUGCUGGUGGUACACUGGUGUGGGCUUCUCCUUGACCUCUCAGCUGGCUUCCUGCUCUUUUUUGAUGCCUCAAGAUCCAUUGGCCUCCUUUUCGUGUCCUACUUUCACUGCAUGAAUUCCCAGCUCUUCAGCAUAGGUAUGUUUCCCUAUGUCAUGCUGGCCAGCAGCCCUCUCUUCUGCUCAGCUGAAUGGCCUCGGAAGCUGGUAGCCCAAUGCCCCAAAAGGCUGCAAGAGCUGCUGCCUGCCAAGGCUGCUCCUCGGCCCAGUGCUUCCUGUGUCUAUAAGAGGGGCCGGGCCAAAGCCAGUCAGAAGCCGGGGCUGCGCCACCAGCUGGGAGCUGUCUUCACCCUGCUCUACCUUCUGGAACAGCUCUUCCUGCCCUAUUCGCAUUUCCUCACCCAGGGUUAUAACAACUGGACAAACGGGCUGUACGGCUAUUCCUGGGACAUGAUGGUGCACUCGCGCUCACACCAGCAUGUAAAGAUCACCUACCGCGAUGGCCUCACUGGGGAGCUGGGCUACCUUAACCCUGGGGUAUUCACACAGAGCCGGCGAUGGAAGGAUCAUGCAGACAUGCUGAAGCAAUAUGCCACUUGCCUGAGCCUCCUGCUUCCCAAGUACAAUGUCACUGAGCCCCAGAUCUACUUUGAUAUUUGGGUCUCCAUCAAUGACCGCUUCCAGCAGAGGCUUUUUGACCCUCGUGUGGACAUCGUGCAGGCUGUCUGGUCCCCCUUCCAGCGCACACCUUGGGUGCAGCCACUCUUGCUGGACUUAUCUCCCUGGAGGACCACGUUACAGGACAUUAAGAGCAGUCUGGAUAACCACACUGAGGUUGUCUUCAUUGCGGACUUCCCUGGGCUUCACCUGGAGAAUUUUGUGAGUGAAGACCUGGGCAACACUAGCAUCCAGCUGCUGCAGGGAAAGGUUACUGUGGAAUUGGUGGCAGAACAGAAAAACCAGACUCUUCAGGAAGGAGAAAAAAUGCAGUUGCCUGCUGGAGAGUACCAUAAAGUCUAUACUAUAUCAUCCAGUCCUUCCUGCUACAUGUACAUCUAUGUCAACACUACAGAGGUCGCACUGGAGCGAGAUCUGGCCUAUCUGCAGGAAUUAAAGGAGAAGGUGGAGAAUGGAAGUGAAACAGGACCCCUGCCUCCAGAACUUCAGCCUCUUUUGGAAGGGGAAGUAAAAGGGGGCCCUGAGCCUACACCUCUGGUCCAGACCUUUCUAAGGCGGCAGCGGAAGCUCCAAGAAAUAGAACGGCGGCGUAACAGCCCUUUUCAUGAGCGACUCCUCCGCUUCUUGCUUCGAAAGCUUUAUGUCUUUCGACGCAGCUUCCUGAUGACUCGAAUUUCACUCCGAAAUCUGCUAUUAGGCCGCCCUUCCCUAGAGCAGCUAGCUCAAGAGGUGACAUAUGCAAACUUGCGACCAUUUGAACCAGUUGAUGAGUCAAGUGCUUCAAACACCGAUUCUUCGAAUCCUAAUCCCCCAGAGCCAGAUUCUGAGCAUGUUCACUCCGAGUUCUGAGGAAGAUGUUCUGUAUAGAUGUGGGAGGAGCCUGUUAAAGGUCUAUCACCUAUGCAAAGGACAUCUAUUGGAGAAGAGCUUUCACAGUACAGCCCAGCUGUCCUCAAACUCAUGGUGGUCCCUCUACUCCAGCCUCUUGUUGUGAUUAUAUGUACAUCACUAAACAUGUCCUGUUUUAAGAUGAUGGCUUACAGGACUCAAGGCAGCAGAGAAUCUCAAUCCCAAGAUUGGGGGUUUAGA